AUGACGGCCUACGGUCAAAAAAAGAAAAGGUGUGUAAAAUACGAGAGAAAACAAGCAGAAGGAGCUCGGUGUCCAAGCCCUCCCGGGCCAGGUACCAAGCUGACCGUAGGGGACGCCUGGAACGCUCUGUCGGAGGCACCCCCGCGCAUCCCCCGCGUGUCCGGGGCGGGCGGGGCGCGGCGCGGCGCGGGGCGGGGCGGAGCGGGCCCGGUCCGCCACCGGCAGGGGGCGGGUGCGCCCUCCGCGCCUUCCUCCGGCUGCGCGGCGGCGGCGGCUCCGCUCGGUUCCUGCUCGGGCCGGGGCAGCCUUCGCGGCGCGGCCGCCGAGGGGACGCUGCGUGACGAGUCCGCGCCCUACAGCCCCGGUAAGUGCUCGCGAUCUCCGCGGGGAGAGGCCCCUGCCCGUCUCCCGCCGGGCAUCCCGCCGCCGGCUCCGCCACCCGGGCGCGCAUCGCUCUCCUCUGCGCGGGAGAGCCGCUGGCUGCCAGCCCCUGCCUUCGCUGCUGGCUUUCCCCGGCGGUUCCCCUUCCCCGGGCCGCUUGGCCCUUCCCCCAUCCCCUCCCGACCCGGGAAGGCUGAGGUGGGCCGGGGCCGCGGGCCAGAGCCGGGCGGGGCGCUGGACGGGGGUGUCCGUCCCGUCCUCCGCUCCUCCGCCGUCCCGGGCCGGCGAGGGGGCCAGGGCCGGGCUGGAGGCGGCGGGGAAGAGAACGAGCUCUCGGAGCCGCUGGCGGUGCCCGCGCAGGAGGAGGAGGAGGCACCGGGUGGUGGCGGUCGGGCCGACAGGACGCCCCGGUCCAGAGAAAUGAGUGAAACGCUGGCAGCAUGGCAGCCCCUUCCUGCUGAAACAAAGUCAGCUCGGUGGCGGUGUUGCCUUGCCUUGCUCUGUGCAGUACGGGGUCGUGGGCGCUGUUGGCUCAUGGGUUCUUUCGAAACUUCUCAAGUGGAGGUGGUUGAUGAAACUGCCAUGGCUGCCUGCGUGAUUGCUGGUCAGCUGAGUAACAGUGACACGUGA